UGUCCCUCCAAUACUGCGCAGCCUUCCUGAGCACGCCCUGGGCCUGGGGCAAGCAGGACAGGGGAACCGAGGAUGGAAUCUAGGACCCCGGCAGGGAAUGGCAAAACAAAACAAAACAAAGAUAAGCGCCAGACAAUAAUACAGGCACACCAGCACUGAUGGAGGCGACGAUACAAACUCGCAGACGGAGAGGACCAAGAUGGCUCCCGCAGUUCGUGCAAGGCUGCAGAACGGCCAGGCAGUAUUUAUCCGGGGAACAUCCUAACUAGAAGCUUCUUCUGGCGCCAAGGCAAUCGACUCGACCCUUCACCCGACCCCUUAGAGCCCCACCUCUGCCCAACUUGGAGUGGGAGCUCCCUCUGGAGAACGAUUGGGUGCUGAGGGGUGCGGCCACCAACCGCAGUCCCGGCGAGACCGCAGGGCCCAAGCCUCCGGGCCUUAGCCCGGCCCCUGCGGCGUCAGGGCUCCGCCCCCUGACAGGCAGCAGCCAAUGAGCGGCUCCUGCCACCGGCCUUUAAGAACCGCGCUCACUCUCCCUGCAGCGAAUGCUGCCGGCCUAGCACUCCCGCAGGGUUUCCAUGGAGACUGAGGCUGGGCCCUGGCGGCCUCGCGGCGUUGUCAUGGAGACAAGUCCCGAGCUGGGGCUCCGAAGCCCCGGCACACCGCUGGCUCAGAAACCCGCAGAGCCACUGUGCGACGCCGGAUCCGCGGUGGCUGCAGCACGCUGGGACCUGCGGAAACACUCCUUGCUCAUCGUGAUCGGCGAUAUCGGUACAGAGAGUCAGCUGAGGGCCGUGCGGGCCCACCUUGAACAAGGGAUUCUCUCCUGGAACAUUGACUUAUCAGCCUUUGACUUGAACCAACAACUGAGACUCUUCAUUACCCGGCACCUAGCUCACUUCUCCUCAGAGGUCAAAGGCCAAAGGACCCUCUGCCACCAGAGUGAGACCCUAGAGACCAUCAUCCUGGUAAAUCCCAGUGCCGACAGCAUCAGCUCUGAGGUUCACCAUCUUCUUAGCAGCCCAUCAGCUCACAAACUACUGAUCUUGAGUGGGCAAAGUUUAGAGCCCGGGGGAGACCUCAUCCUACAGACUGGCACCUAUUCCUAUCAAAACUUUGCCCAGGUCCUUCACAACCCAGAGAUUGCCCAGUUGCUCAGCAAUAGAGACCCUGGGAUCCAGGCCUUCCUCACUGUAUCCUGCUUAGGGGAGGGUGACUGGAGCCACCUAGGACUAUCCAGUUCCCAAGAGACCCUGCACCUUCGGCUAAACCCUGAGCCCACGCUGCCCACCAUGGAUGGCGUGGCGGAGUUCUCUGAGUAUGUCUCUGAGACUGUGGAUGUGCCAUCCCCCUUUGACCUGCUAGAGCCUCCCACCUCAGGGGGCUUCCUCAAGCUCUCUAAGCCUUGCUGCUACAUCUUCCCUGGAGGCCGCGGGGACUCUGCACUCUUUGCCGUUAAUGGCUUCAACAUCCUGGUGGACGGUGGCUCUGAUCGCAAGUCCUGCUUCUGGAAGCUGGUACGGCACCUGGACCGCAUUGACUCGGUGCUGCUCACACACAUCGGAGCAGACAACCUGCCAGGCAUCAAUGGACUCCUACAGCGCAAAGUGGCAGAACUGGAGGAGGAGCAGUCCCAGGGCUCUAGCAGCUACAGUGACUGGGUGAAGAACCUCAUCUCCCCUGAACUUGGAGUUGUCUUCUUCAACGUGCCCGAAAAGCUACGGCUGCCUGAUGCCUCCCGGAAGGCAAAGCGCAGCAUUGAGGAGGCCUGCCUCACUCUGCAGCACCUAAACCGCCUGGGCAUCCAAGCUGAGCCUCUGUACCGUGUGGUCAGCAACACCAUUGAGCCACUGACCCUCUUCCACAAGAUGGGUGUGGGCCGCCUGGAUAUGUAUGUCCUCAACCCUGUGAAGGACAGCAAGGAGAUGCAGUUCCUCAUGCAAAAGUGGGCAGGCAAUAGUAAAGCUAAGACAGGCAUUGUGCUGGCUAAUGGGAAGGAGGCUGAGAUCUCAGUGCCCUACCUGACCUCUAUCACUGCUCUGGUGGUCUGGCUGCCAGCCAACCCCACUGAGAAGAUCGUGCGUGUGCUUUUUCCAGGAAAUGCUCCCCAGAACAAGAUCCUGGAGGGCUUGGAAAAGCUUCGGCACCUGGACUUCCUGCGCUACCCUGUGGCCACACAGAAGGACUUGGCUGCUGGAGCUGUGCCUGCCAGUCUCAAGCCCAGCAAAAUCAAACAACGUGCUGACAGCAGGGAGAGCCUCAAGGCCACUGCCAAGACAGCGGUAAGCAAGCUAGCCAAACGGGAGGACGUAGCCGAAGAGGGAGCCAAGGAGGCCCGCUCAGAACUGGCCAAGGAGUUAGCCAAGGUAGACAAGAAGGCAAAAGAGGUGUCUGAGAAGCCCCCGGAGAAGCCUGCCAAGCCUGAGAAGGUGAAGACAGAGUCGAGUGAGGCUUUGAAGGCAGAGAAGCGAAAGCUGAUCAAAGACAAAGUGGGGAAGAAGCACCUUAAAGAAAAGAUAUCAAAGCUGGAAGAGAAAAAAGACAAAGAGAAAAAAGAGAUCAAGAAGGAGAGGAAGGAGAUCAAGAAGGAUGAAGGAAGGAAGGAGGAGAAGAAGGAUACCAAGAAGGAGGAAAAGAGGAAAGACAACAAACCUGAGAUCAAGAAGAUUUCUAAGCCAGACCUGAAGCCUUUUACUCCUGAGGUGCGUAAGACCCUCUAUAAAGCCAAGGCCCCUGGCAGAGUGAAGAUGGACAAGAGCCGGGCUGCCCGUGGGGAGAAGGAGCUGUCCUCUGAGCCCCGGACACCCCCAGUCCAGAAGGGGGCUGUACCACUCCCAGCAGCCAGGGGACACAGGGAGUUGGCCCUGUCUUCCCCUGAGGAUCUCACACAGGACUUUGAGGAGAUGAAGCGUGAGGAGGGAGGUUUGCUGGCUGAACAAAGGGACAUAGGAAUAGAAGAAAAACCACUCCCUGCAGACACUGCAGAGGAGGGACCCCCAAGCACAGGUGCCCAGGGGACACCAUCCUCUGUCCCAGGGCUGGAACAAGAAGAGCCUGUGAUGAAGGAGAAAGAGAUUGUCCCUGAUAUCGCUGAGGACCACAGCAACAAGGAUAGAGGCCCAGAUUCUGGGGCUGAAACAGAGGAAGAGAAAGAUACCUGGGAGGAAAAGAAGCUAAAGAAAGCAGAGCAGCUCCUUGAUAGAACAGAAGCCAGAGAGGAAAGUGAACCUGAGGUAAAGGAGGAUGUGAUAGAGAAGGCUGAGUUAGAAGAAAUGGAGGAGGUGCACCCUUCAGAUGAGGAGGAAGACAAAGAGACAAAGAAUGAGGGUUUUUACCAAAAGCAUAUGCAGCAAGCCUUGAAGGUAACUCCAAAAGUUGGGGAGGUUCUUGGGGGCCGGGAACCAGGACUGCAGGUCAAAGCCCCUGAGAAGGAGACCUCAUCAUUCCUAAGCAGCCUGGCCACACCUGCAUGUGUCACGGAGCAUGUCUCUUACAUCCAGGACGAGACAAUCCCUGGCUACUCAGAGACCGAGCAGACCAUCUCAGAUGAGGAGAUCCACGAUGAGCCAGAGGAGCGCCCUGCUCCACCUAGAUUUCCUGCCAGUGCAUAUGGCCUCCCUGGGCCUGAAGGUCCUGGCCCCUUUGAGGCAAGCCGGCCUGCAGACAGUGCUGUUCCUGCCACCUCAGGCAAAGGCUAUGGCACACCAGAGACUGAACUGAGCUACCCACCCAACAUGGUGGCUGCCCCUUUGGCUGAAGAGGAGCAUGUGUCCUCAGCCACUUCAAUCACUGAGUGUGACAAGCUUUCUUCCUUUGCCACAUCCGUGGCUGAGGACCAGUCCGUGGCUUCACUCACAGCCCCCCAGACAGAGGAGACAGGCAAGAGCUCCCUGCUGCUCGACACAGUCACAAGCAUCCCCUCAUCCCGCACUGAAGCCACUCAGGGUUUGGACUAUGUGCCAUCAGCUGGGACCAUCUCACCCACCUCCUCACUGGAAGAAGACAAGGGCUUUAAAUCACCACCCUGUGAGGAUUUCUCUGUGACUGGGGAGUCGGAGAAGAGAGGAGAGAUCACAGGGAAAGGCUUGCCUGGAAAGAGAGCUGUGGAAGAGGGAAAGGAGACCGCAGAUGGAGAGAUAUCAGAGAAACUUCACAGUCAGUAUGGAGCCCCGAUGUUUGGUGCCCCUGGGCACACCCUCCAUCCAGGGGAACCAGCCCUGGGAGAAGGAGAGGAGCGCUGCCUCAGCCCAGAUGACAGCACAGUUAAGAUGGCCUCACCUCCACCGUCUGGUCCACCCAGUGCCACCCACACACCCUUUCAUCAGUCCCCAGUGGAAGAAAAGUCUGAGCCCCAACACUUUCAGGAAGCAGACUCUUGGGGAUACACUGGUCCAAUACCAGGUGUGGGCAAGGAGGAUGCUACAGAGAAGACAGUCAAGCCAGGGCUUGAAGAGGGCAUACUAGAAGAUGAGGGAAAGGCGCCUUCAUCCAGGAUGCCCCAGGCCCCGGAAGCACCUGUCAGCAUUGCUGGGGGACAUACAGGCUACACCACCCAGCUGUUGUCAGAACAGGACAAAGCAACAGUCUUUGACACAGUGGAGGCAGGAGAGCCUCCAGGACCAAUUCUGGGAACAGAAGCCCUUCCCAGUGAUUUGAGGACAUCACUUCAAGAACCUGAUGAACCUCAGAGAGAUGAGGUGCUCCAAUUCCCUGACCAAAGCCUGUCCCCUGAAGAUGCAGAGUCCCUCUCUGUCCUCAGUGUGGUCUCCCCAGACACUGCCAACCAAGAAGCCAUCUGCAGGUCUCCCUGUGGUCUGACAGAGCAGCACCAACACAAAGACCUGUGGCCAGAGGUAUCUCCACAAGACACCCAGUCACUUUCUCUUUCAGAAGAGAGUCCUAGCAAGGAGACCUCUCUGGAUAUCUCUUCUAAGCAGCUUUCUCCAGAAAGCCUUGGCACCCUCCAUUUUGGGGAACUAAGCCUUGGAAAGGAAGAAAAGGGGCCUCAGAUGCAGGCUGAGGACACCCCUCACCACCUAGCUCCUGUGUCUAGUCUAGAACCCUGUACAGCCACAGUGUCACCUCCCACAGAUGGGACCACUGGAUACUCUGUACAGGCAGACAUCACGGAUGAGAGUUCUGAUGGAAAAUUCCCUGCUAGCUCCUUCUCUCAUUCUACACUGUUGGGAGAUGGGAAGCCUUCACCUGGAGUGAUCAUGAGCCCUGAUGAACACAUUCUGACACCUGAUAGUUCCCUCACCAAGAGUCCUGAGUCUUUGUCAAGCCCUGCCAUGGAGGACAUUGCCAUGGAAUGGGAAGGUAAAGCUCCAGAGCUGAAAGACAGAACCUCAGAGCAGAAGGACGAGGGACCUGAACUAAAGGACAAAGUCCUACAGCAGAAGCACAAAACUCUGGAGCAGAAGGAUGUUAUUGUACAGCAGAGGUAUACAGUCAUUGAUCAGAAAGAUGGGGGUCUGGAAGAAAAGAACAAGGCUGUGGAACAGCAGGAGAAGGCUUUAGAACAAAAAGGUAGAGACUUAGAACAAAGGGACAUGGCCCUGGAGCAGGAGGACAGAGACUUAGUACAAAAAGUCAGAGACUUAGAAGCAGAAGACAGAGACUUGGAACCCAAAGACAGGGACUUCCAAAAAAAAUCCAAGGCUCUGGAGCAGGAGGACAAGGUCCCAGAUGAGAAAGAUGGAGCCUUAGGACAAAAAGUCAGAGACUUUGAACAUAAAGAUGAGACUCCAGAGGACAAGGCCCCUGAACUGAAGGGCAAGGCCUUGGAACAGAAGGAUCGGGCAUUAGAACAAAAAUCCUGGGCCUUAGGACAGAAGGAUGAAGCCCUGGAACAAAAUAACGUGGUUGAACAGAAAGAUAAGAAAGAUCUAGAAGGGAAGGAUAAAACUGGGGAGCAGGAGAGCCCAGUGCAGGAUAAAACCAUUAAACCAAAGGUGAUCUUAGAGGAAAAAUCUCUGGAAAAAGUCAAGGCUGUGGAACAGAAGGAGGAAGCUCUGCUGGAGAAGACAAAAGCUCAGGGGCUGGAAGAGAGGCCAGUGCUAGAGGACAAGGCCCAGGAGCAGGGAGAAAAGUAUUGGCAGGAGCAGGACCUAGUCCAGGAGUGGAGAGAAAUAUCUCCCAGCAGAGGGAAGCCCAUUGGAGAACGGAAAGAGCCUGCCCAGAUGUGGGAGGACACAUCUCCUGAGCCUGAAGACCAGUACUGGAGGGGCAGAGAGGAUGUGGCCCUAGAACAGGACACAUACUGGAGGGAGCUGAGCUGUGAGCAGAAGGUCUGGUUCCCUCACGAGCUGGAUGGCCAGAGAGCCCGGCCUCGGUACACAGAAGAGCGGGAGAGCACUUUCCUCGAUGAGGGGCCAGAUGAUGAGCAAGAAGUGGCCCCCUUGGAGCACACGCCCCAGAUCCCCUGGGCCUCAGACUUCAAGGGUUUCCAGGAGCCCUCACCACAGAAGGAACUGGAGGUGGAGCACUGGCUUGCUGAGUCACCAGUUGGGCUAUCAGCAGAGGAAGAAGACAAGCUGACUCGCUCCCCGUUUGAGAUCAUCUCUCCUCCGACCUCCCCACCAGAGAUGGCUAGACAGAGGGUUCCUCCGGCCCCAGGACAAGAGAGCCCUAUCCCAGACCCUAAGGCCAUGCCACCCUUGAGGAACGAACCCACCACCCCUUCAUGGCUGGCUGACAUCCCACCAUGGGUGCCCAAGGACAGACCCCUGCCCCCUGCACCCCUCUCUCCAGCUCCAGCUCUGCCCACACCUGCUCCAGAGCUACACACUCCUGCCCCCUUCUCCUGGGGCACAGCUGAGUAUGAAAGUGUGGUGGCUGCAGUGCAGGAGGGGGCAGCCGAGUUGGAAGGUGGGCCAUACUCCCCACUAGGGAAGGACUACCGCAAGGCUGAAGGGGAGAGGGAAGAUGAAGGUGCGGCUGGGGACCCUGACUGCAGCCCCUGCAGCUCAAUGGGCCCAGGGGCCAGCAAGAGCCAUGCCACCAAGGAGCCCGAGCAGACUGAACCAGAGCAGAGAGAGCCCACACCCUAUCCUGAUGAUAGAAGCUUUCAGUACACAGACAUCUAUGAGCAGAUGAUGCUUACUAGGCCUGGCCCUGCAUGCCCCACCAGGGAGCUUCCGCUUGGAGCAGCUGGGGAUUGGCCUCCCUGCAUUUCAACCAAGGAGGAGGCUGCCGGCCGAAAUACAUCUGCAGAGAAGGAGCUUUCCUCUCCUGUCUCACCCAAAAGCCUCCAGUCUGAAGCUCCAGCCUUCAGCUAUGCAGCCCUGGUAGGACCCACCUUACCCCCAAGGCCUGAGCUAGGGCCAAGUGUGGAGCCCAGCCUCACCCCACCUGCAGUACCCCCCCGUGCUCCGAUCCCCCUGAGCAAAGGCCCAAGCCCCCCUCUUAAUGGUAAUGUUCUGGGCUGUAGCCCAGAUAGGAGAACCCCAUCCCCAAAAGAAUUGGGCCAGGGUCACUGGGGUGACAGCACUAGUGACUCAGAACUGGAAAAGGGUGCUCGGGAGCAGCCAGAGAAAGAGGCACAGUCCCCAAGUCCCCCUUACCCCAUCCCUGAGGGUUCCCCCACAUUGUGGCCUGAAAGUGAGGCACAUACCAGCCCUUCCUCCGAGUCACACCUGGGUCCUGCCCGACCCAGCCUGGACUUCCCUGCUUCAGCCUUUGGCUUCUCCUCAUUGCAGCCAGCUGCCCCACAGCUGCCCUCUCCAGCUGAACCCCGCUCAGCACCCUGUGGCUCCCUUGCCUUCUCUGGGGACCGAGCUCUGGCACUGGCUCCUGGGCCCCCCACCAGAGCCCGGCAUGAUGAGUACCUAGAAGUGACCAAGGCCCCCAGCCUGGACUCUUCACUGCCUCAGCUCCCAUCACCCAGCAGUCCUGGGGCUCCUCUCCUCUCCAGUCUGCCACGGCCUGCCUCACCAGCCUUGUCUGAAGGCUCCUCCUCUGAGGCCACCACACCUGUGAUUUCAAAUGUGGCUGAGCACUUCCCUCCUGGCCUGGAGGCUGCAGAACAGGGGUCUGGAAAGCUGGUCCCAGGAAAGGAACCACCUGCCCAUAGCCUCUGGGACCUCACUGCUCUGAGCCCAGCACCCCCAGCUUCACUGGACAGGGCCCCAGCUCCAGCUCCAAGCCUGCCUGGUGAUCUGGAUGAUGGCACCCUGCCCUGCCGCCUGGAAUGCUCAGGGGCAGCCACCAAGAAGCCAGACACCUUCCAGGGGCCCUCUGGGGAAUGUGCCUCCAAUGGCCCAACAGAAACCAGCCCCAACCCUCUAGGCCCUGUCCCAGCCAAGGCUGAGAAAGGUGUGGCUGAAGCCUGCCCUGCCUGGGAACAAGGGACCUGGUCUGAGAGAGCUGAGAGGAGCUCCCGGCCUGACACACUGCUCUCCCCUGAGCAGCCACUGUGUCCUGGAGGGGCUUCUGGAGGCCAACCCAGAAAUGUCUCUCCUGAAAUUGAGGCUGGGCCCCAGGGAUGUGCCACUGAGCCCCGGCCCCACCGAGGGGAGCUCUCCCCAUCCUUCCUGAACCCACCUCUGCCCCGAUCCACUGAUGGCGAACUCUCUGCUGAGGAAGCUCAGCUGGUAGGGAGAGGGGGGCGGCGCCGGGCAGGAGGCCCAGAAGCCACAGGCGGCCCAUGCCCUGUGACUGAUGAGACACCACCAACAUCAGCCAGUGACUCAGGCUCCUCACAGUCAGAUUCUGACGUUCCACCAGAAACCGAGGAGUGUCCAUCCAUCACAGCUGAGGCAGCCCUCGACUCAGAUGAAGAUGGGGACUUCCUACCUGUGGACAAAGCUGGGGGGGUCAGUGGAACUCACCAUCCCAGACCUGGCCAUGACCCACCCCCUCUCCCCCAAACAGACCCCCGCCCAUCCCCUCCUCGCCCUGACGUGUGCAUGGCUGAUCCUGAGGGGUUCAGUUCAGAGUCUGGUAGGGUAGAGAGGCUACGGGAGAAGGAGAAGGCACAGGGAAGGGGAGGGCGCAGGGCCCUGGGCAGGGCUAAGCCAGUGUCUCCUGCCCGGCGUCUGGAUCUUCGUGGAAAACGCUCACCCACCCCUGGUAAAGGGCCUGCAGAUCGAGUAUCCCGGGCUCCACCCCGACCACGCAGCACUCCAAGCCAAGUCACCCCAGCAGAGGAAAAGGAUGGACACAGCCCCAUGUCCAAAGGCCUAGUGAGUGGACUCAAGGCAGGACCAACGGCCUUGGGUUCCAAGGGUGCCUCUGGCUCCCCUAUAUAUUUGGAUCUUGCCUACAUCCCAAAUCAUUGCAGUGGCAAGACUGCUGACCUUGACUUCUUCCGUCGAGUGCGUGCGUCCUACUAUGUGGUUAGUGGGAAUGACCCUGCCAAUGGCGAGCCAAGCCGGGCUGUGCUGGAUGCCCUGCUGGAGGGCAAGGCCCAGUGGGGGGAGAAUCUUCAGGUGACCCUGAUCCCAACCCAUGACACAGAGGUGACCCGUGAGUGGUACCAGCAGACCCACGAGCAGCAGCGGCACCUGAACGUCCUGGUCCUGGCUAGCAGCAGCACGGUCGUCAUGCAGGAUGAGUCCUUCCCGGCCUGCAAGAUUGAGUUCUGAAAGAACCACGCCUGCCCCUGGACCUGCUUCCCCAGCUCCCUUAGAGAGUGGCUGCUGCUGGCCGGGGCUGAGGGGCAUGCAAGCUGGGGUGGAAGGAAUGGAGGGCAGGAUGUCUUACUGUGGGACUUGGGCUGGGCUAAAUGGGAGGCGUUGUCCCUCUCCCUUAUCUGUACCUGAGGGACACUCAAAACCAAAGGGUACAAAAUUAGGCAAGGUCAUUUGAUGCCUGAGAACCAUGGAGUGACACCCUCCUAGCACUGCCAAAUGCUGGUAUUGGGUAGGGAGUGAAGAUGGGUCUCAGAGAGCAACCUCCUCCCUCAUGGAGGGAAGUCAUAUCCCCAACCCCAGAAUGUCUUUAUCUCAAUCUAUUUAUUUAACAUCCCAAGGAAGGAUUUCCAAUAGUAAUUUAUAUUAACUGGGGACAGGAUACUGUCAGUGAGGUGCCCAGAGGUGCUCCCUCUCCUCCAUCUCCCAUCCCCUUACCCACCAUGGUCUGGCUUCCAGCAGGGGCCUGGGGGUACACUGCUGCUACACUGUCCCACUGCUUCCCUCUGUAUCUGAAUGUCUCAAUCCAAAACUUGAAGCUCUUUUGGCAAACAGAUUGGUGAGAGAAGAAAGUUGCUUAUCCUCCCAGCUUCACACCAUAAACACCCUAGAGCUGUGCCCAGCCAGGCCUACUAGGCCACACUAAGGGACAAAGAAAGCCCAGCCCCAAGCCCAGAAUUCUUCCAAACUCCCUGACCCUUUGAAGUUUCCACCCACCUAUUCCAAUGAUCCUGAUACCUUCUCAUCCCCUGCUUGGCUUCUCUGCAUGUGGUCAUCUGCUGUGGCCUGGUGUGUCAUGGGUUAAAAAUAAGCCACUGCCUGACAUCCCAACAUUGGACACCCCAGCAAUGUGUGACUCCCCCAACAUUCCACUCUGCCAUGCUGCAGCUGGGAGCCCUGGCAGCCUUUCCAGCCCCCAACUCUUGGACAGAGGAUCGGGGAGGAGGUGGAGGCCAUGCCAGAGACCUUGGGGAAAAUGAGAGGGAGGAAGGAAAAAGGGAGAUGAAGCUAGCAAAAGUUUAACUCCUACCGAGUGAGUUGAAAACAGGCUGAAAAUACCACCCAGGAGAAGACCUCUCCCCAAGCAAGCCUGUGAGCAGCCCUGCCAGACCACCGCGGGACUGAGAAAUCCAGCCACUCGUCAGAGCCCAGCAUCUGUCAAAUGACUGUGGAAACCAAAGCGAGACGGCCUGUGCUCCUCCUCGCUCCCACCUUCCUCUUGCUGCUGUGCUCUGUUCUUCCCCACACUUGCCUGUUGUAGUUCCCAGCUGCUGUAAUGGAGCUGCCUCCAGCUCUAACAAUAAAAUCAAGUUCAUUACA